GUUGUUUGCCAUCACUUGAUAUUUUUGUUGUCAGUUAUUAUUAUUAUUAUUAUUGUAAUUAUCACUUGGGAUUUGAUCCGCAAAAAUGUUUGGCAAAAAACAACAAAUCGAUUACAAGAAGUCGAUCCAAAAGUUUUUGGACGUCAAGAGAGAUUCAUUCAAUCGUUUAAGACAUUUAAGGAUUAUAUUAGAUGUGAUGGACGUAAAGGAGUCGAAAGAACUGUUUGAACAUCACUUUACACAUAUCUAUCAUAUCUUCUUUGACUGUUUCAUAGCCAUCGAAGCCGUUCACAAACUCAGAAAUCACAAACCAAACAAAGAAGAAUUAGAUUCAGUUCUCUACAUAUUUGAAAAAAUUUUGACACUUUURCCGGAAAUAUUACAGAAGAAGUGGCAAAUCCAGAGUCUUUUGUUGAUAUUUCGCAAAUGUCUGCAUCACAUGAAUGUUAUUAAAAUAAGACGCGAAGGAAUGAGACUAUUCUUGAUUUGGUACCAAAUAUUAGGCGAAGAGUUGUCAACUAUUGCUGAAAUCGAGCAAAUCUACGCUUCAUUAGUACCAGGAAUUGUGGCCAGUCUUCCGAAUCCAUUUUUGCCAAUACAACAGUCACAAAACGGUAGCCAAAUGAUGUCCGAUUCGGUGAACCAAUCCUAUCACGACAACAAUGGCAAUGCCAUACCAUCACCGCUGCAUAGUCCCGAUUCGCCAAACUUAAUGAUGCCAUUGAGCACUGCAUCAGUCCAGCCGUGUCUCGUCGAGCCAUUUGUUCCCGCCUAUCAUCUUGAAUCACAGCCGCACGAUAUCACAUGUUAUUAUUUGCAAUGUUUUUUAGAUUAUAUGAUAACACAGCCGACAAAAAUCUGUUGGCGCGACAACAAAGACAACAAACAGUUGAAAUGUUUUGAAUAUUUGUGGCAAAAGUUUCACAAGACUUAUCUGUUACACAUAUUUCCCAAUCUGACCGAAGURUCCAUAUAUAGUCCGCCGCUGGAACUGCCAAAUCUGCGCAAAUGUAUUGACGAUAAUUACUAUUUCGAUAAAAAACGUUUUCCCUAUCGCGACACACUUCUACACACGCAAUCAGUGGUCUUACGUUGGCUCUCCAAAUAUCUCAAAAGCGAUACCAACGAACCAUCCGACAGAAGUGAGGCACUGGAAGAGCAACAAUAUUACAGUAAACUGUUUCACGCGUCGCACAUGAAUGUCAGUGAUCUACAAGACGCCAAUUUGAAUGAAUUUCGCGAACCGACUGCCAUCGAGUAUCAGAUAAUCAACAGUGUCUUCAAUUCGAGUCGUGUUUAUGUAAAUUUAAUUCAUUCGCUUUUCAAAGAGGCAUUUCUGUUGCCAUUUUCGCACGCAAUAACUAUAAGAAAAGUAAUAACAGUUUAUCGACAUUGGAUUUACGGUACGUCCACCCAAAUGCCGACAUUCAUCGAGUUUCCCGUUCAAUCCAAUGUCAAUACAAAUAAUAAUAAUAACAGUGACGUUAGGGCCGGACUAUCCAAUCUGUUGCGUGUCUUUGUUUCGGUUGCUUCUAAUGUAUUUCUAUUGGAAGUACCACCCGAUAAGCCACUGAUGCUCGAAGAACAGGUAGAAAUGUGUAAACGUGUACUCAAUAUAUAUCGAUAUAUGGUUAUGAAAAUUGACAUGGAUAAGCUAGCUUGGGAACAGUUACUUGAAAUUUUGCUUCAAAUUACAUCACUUGUAUUGACGACCAAAGUUCCCAUCAGAAAGGAGGAUACUCUGGGAGGACGGUUAGCUCCGGCAUUGUUUCAGACAUUGAUUGUUACAUGGAUUAAAGCCAACUUAAAUGUCUAUUUGUCUAACUCUUUAUGGGAAAAAUUUCACGAAUUGGUAUCAUUGUUGACCAAUUGGGAAGAGUUGAUCAAAGAGUGGAGUAAAACAAUCGAUACAUUAACUCGAGUGAUGGCCCGAUAUGUUUAUAAUAUUAAUUUACAUGAUUUACCGCUUGAGCGACAAUUGGAUAAAAAUAAACGCCGUUUCCGAGUGCGUGAACUAAGCCAAGAGGCCAAAUGUCAUACCAAUCAGACCAACGGCAUCCGAUCAGGUGUUACCGAAUCAAACAAAGAUCCUAAAGCUGUUAGACGUAUUCGUUCGAGUAGUGGUGACUCGCCGAUGAUGAUCGGCAAAUCAAUAUCACCGCAAAUCAGUCAUCAGGGUAUUGCCAGAAGUCGUAGCGAUAGUUAUUUGUUGUCCGAAAAAACAUUCAAACGAAGUCCCGAUGCUGUCGUUAAGCGCAACAAAUAUAAUUCGGAAAACAAAUUCGAUUCGACCAACAAAUGUCGAUCAUUAGACUAUUUAGACUAUAAUCGUAACGAAUCUCCGAUUUGGUCAGAAGUUUCCGUCAGCCGAAGUCCAUCGCCAACUCAUUCAAAUGUUAUCGAAAGCAAUAGUUUGAAAGAUUCGCCAAUGAAUUUAGAGGGAGGCCUACAGUCUAAUAAUAAUCACACCGAUUGUGUACUAAUCGGCGGUACCAAUAAAGGCUGGACAGCGGAGAGUUCAUUCAUAUUAUGGCGAAGAAUGCUCGGCAUUCUCGGAGAUAUAAACCAAUUGUCGAAUCCUUUUAUUCACAGUCAGGUUAUGGAAUGUUUGGUCAAAGUAGUUGAAGAUCUAAUCAAAGUCAAAGAUAAUUUGGGUAUUUCUGUUGACAAUCAAGUACUAAGUGAUCCAUCAUUAGAUCCACCGCUCGAUUAUUUCAGUUCGUGGCUCUUCAAAGCCACACAAUUGCCAAAUGAGUACAAAGCGGGCAAACUAUUGGCCUAUAAAUUGUUAUGUAUUAUAGCUGUUCGCCGAACUGAGAAUCUGCCGACAAAAGAGUUUUUGUCGUUAUUUUAUUUGACAUUAAGUCAGGGAUUAAUAUCAUACGAUAUGGAAAUAACCAGCACUUUAAUAAAGUAUUGUAGUCCCAAAUUUUUUUCCAUUGGACUACCCGGGUCAUCUUGUUUAUUAUUUGAUUUUAUCAAUGCUGCCAACUCUAUUGUAUCAUCACAAGAGAGCAAAUUACCACGCGGUGAAGCACUUCAUCUGUUGGGUUCACUUAUUGGUUUCAGUAAUGUUUUUGAUAACGUAUUGGUAUUACAGUCGCGGACACCGCAAUUGAGUCUAACAUUAUAUAAGGAUACAAAAGAUCAUGUUUUAGAAAUUUUGUUAACCGCUAGUAAACGGGAACAGACAGGUUUAGGCCGAUCCAUAGCACUGAGCAGUUUAGGAUUGUUUCUAUAUCAAGAGCUUAACAAUCGUACAAAUCAUCCGCGACUUCGGGAAAUUGCAAAUGUAUUGAUUGCCGGCACUCGGGUGUCUCUCAAAAUACCGAAACUAAUAACUAAUUUUGAUAACACUAACCCUUCGAAGUUCAAUAAUCGUGUUUUAUGUCGAGUGGCCUGUGAUAUGUUGCGCCUACAAACUGAUCACUCGACAUACCUGUUGGACAAUCAUCCAGAGAUACCAAAGAAGAUCAUUGAGGGUCUCUGUUCUACGCUUAUGAGCCACAUAUCAGUCGUUCAAAAUCAGAAUCUGUUUAAAGAGUAUAAAAAUACUUUACUUACAAUAAUGUUUUGUUUGGCCGAAUGGUGUCUAUCGGUGCCGAAGAUCUUUUUGGAGCGAACGGCCACAACAGAGAAUAGUUCCGAUUCAAUGAUGAAUGCAGUUCUCCGGUGUUAUUCAAUGAUAGCUAAUUUAGAUAAUAAAACUAAAGGGAAAUCAAUGUCGGCUCCGUCCAGUCCUACCGAACAGGAUAUAGAUUACACAAUUCGUUCGGAAAACUCACCCGAAUCGGGUGUUACACCCAAUACUUCUCCACGAAAGCGUCCAAAUAAUUCAUCAAACGAAGAAACCAAUACAAUGUAUUUGAAUACUAUUGUCGAACACAAAGAAGACUUGGACGCCAUUACCAUUCGUUUGGCCGCUAAUCUAAUUAUCGGACAUUUUAUCAAUUUUUACUGCCAUUUUCCGCAAUCAGGAUUAGGAGCCGCGAAACUCAGUUGUCUGAUCAAUGAAAAUGAUGACAACAUUUGUCUGUCAAACACCGAAACAUUUGAUCUCGACGUCGUUAACGCUCCCAAUGUAUUGUUCUUUUUGGUCAACAAUUCCAGUAUCAUAUCGUUUACCGAAUUACCCGAAGAGAGUCCAAAUAGUAAAGAAACUGAUUCACAAACCGAUGUCUCAAAAACACCCGUUCGGGUUAUUGUUCGCAAUCUAUUGGGAAAGUUUUCGUUGGAUUGCAAACAAUUAUAUUCAUCGAUGAAAUGCAAACAAAAUCCAUUAAAUCUAAACAAAUUAUUUUCAAUGGAUAGUGAAAGUGAAAAACAACGACACAGACAACAAAAUAAUAGAGAUUUCGAUGAAUAUGAUGAACGAACACAAAGUGCUCCAUCAAUGAUGGAUCCAUUGGAAGCCCUUAUACAGCAUUUGACGACAACGAGUCCCGAAUGCAUUAGUAUUCGCGACAAUAACGCCAAUUCAUUGAAUCUCAUGCAAUCAGAAGCAUCAGAUAUGAUGGCACUGUUGAUGAACCAACACAUUCAGGAGCGGUUCUAUUGCGAAAACCAAGAGAACUCGUCGACGACGACAAAGACAUUAUCGCCAAAAACAUUGGAAUCCGAUUCUCCGUCGCCAUCGAUAUCAUCGCAAACGGCCAGUCGAGUCGAGUCUGCAUUUAAACACUGUCGACAACUUGUUGAUCAAAUGGGUUUUCUGUUUUGGGAAAAACGCAAUCGUAUCGAUCUAAUGGCCAAAAAUCAAAACUUUGUCCGUGAAAUUCGUAAUCUGGAUUAUCAGAACUGUCGCGAAACACAUAAGAUUGCAGUGAUUUAUGUAGCAAAAGGACAGGAAGACAAAGAAUCCAUUCUUUCCAAUUCAUCGGGAAGUAAAGCAUUCGAAGAGUUUGUUGCGGGUCUCGGAUGGGAAGUAAAUCUGGAGAAACAUCUUGGCUUUAAAGGUGGUCUUCAGCAGAACAAGAGCACUGGCAAAACGGCGCCAUAUUUUGCCAAUUCAUUAACAGAAGUCGUAUUUCAUGUGUCGACCCGUAUAUCCAAUCCGGACGACGAACAGAUGAUACAUAAACGGAUGAAACAUUUGGGCAACGAUGAGAUACACAUUGUUUGGUCGGAACACCAUCGAGACUAUCGGCGCGGCAUAAUUGCCACCGAAUUUUGCGACGCAUUGAUUGUUAUCUAUCCGCUAAAAGCUUAUCAAAAUCUCUAUUAUAUUCAUAUAUCGCGCAAAUCUGAAGUACCAUUUUUCGGGCCACUAUUUAACGGUGCAGUCAUUCCUAAAGAACUGUUGGCUCCGUUAGUUCGGGCGACAGCUGUCAAUGCCAGUCGUGCUAAACGAAUGCACAUACCUUACUAUCUGAACUUCUUUGAAGAGCGGUUCCGAUCCAUCGAAUCGAUUGUCAAGAACUGUAAAGAGGAAACAACUUUUGAAGAUUUUUCGUCGAAAAUCUAUUCGCCAAAAGAGCUUCAAGAGAGUCGUCCUAUUUCAGUACUGUCGGGCACUGCUGCCAUCGAUUCAGUAUCAAUAACAUCGGUACCGGUGACCAACAAUAUACACACAGAGGGACAGCAAAGUCCUACACGACGUACUCGACCUACGAGUUCCGUAAAUUCUGAACAACGAAAUAGUUUUAAAAAUAUUUAAAUAGUUAUUUUUAUUAUUAAUGGCUAAUAUUGUAUUAAUAUAUUUUUACUCUAUUUAU